AUGGCCUUUUAUUCAUUUCUCGUCCGGUGGCUCCGCAAACGCAAAUCCGAUCAAUUACGUGAUUUGCCCUCCAUCUCCUGGUUGCUGGAGCAUCGUGCGCAGCUCGAAGAGGAUGGAGCCCUCACAAGAGGACGGAAUCCCACCGCGUCAUUGUACCGAAUGUACGAGUACCUCGUGAUUGGAUACAUCACUGGUCUUAGGAGCGAAAUCGAAUUUUUCUUCAACCAGCCCACCUGGGCUGUUUCCGCUAUACCAGAUCCGCAAGACCCGGACGCUGAACGUUAUGCAAUCCUAGCUGUCCUACCAACAUAUCUCGUCACUGCAUUCAACCGUCUCAUCGAGAAGGGUCUGCCUCGAGGCAGCCCUGCUAUCAUUGCUGGACCAAAGGCGGAAGAGGAACUACGAGCAAGACCCAGAGUUCUAGAAAAAACACCAGCAUGGUCCCAGACCGUGGCUCCGUUGUCAAACCAGUUAAUCAUCCCGGACGGAGAAGGAAAGGUGCCACCUAAGCAGACAUGGAGUCCUUACUUCCUGGAAAUGAAUAUCAUUGUAGAGGACCCACAUACUACUACCUACAUGUAG